AUGCGUAGUCCCUGCCUUGGAACCCCUAGUCCAUCGGGAUUGACGAAGUCACCAGAUUCGUUGCAGAUGGGCGCACAUAGUGCCUUCGAGGGAACUGUUAGAAGGUCGACUCAUAGCGCAGCACUCAAGCAUUGUCGUCGAGCGACGAAAAGCUUCGCUGAAGACUCUAGAGCAGCAGAGAGAAUACGAAAACUAGGUAAUUGGAGCGCAAGGUUGAGUGCCAAGGCCUCCUUCGUACAGUCAAUGACGCCAUCCUUAAAGCUUUCAUAUAGUGCAUGGCAGAGAAAGGAAGCAAAGGACCUGAGCGACACGGAUGAAGGAUGGGCUGAGCCAGUGAGGGGAAUGACAGUGGGAGGGGUGGGGAUAUGGAGAUUGUGGCUGAAGUUGAGAUGGAGCGGAUAUGCGGCGUUCUACUUCUGCGAGAAAAACGAGAAAACCGUGCUCGGCCCACCUCCCAUGUCUGAACUCGGUUCUGAGUCGCGGUCAACGCCCAGAAGGAUCUCUCUGAUUGUGAUCGCAAAGAAGCCGGGCGACUUGAAGUGGUUUAGGGCCGGGUCUAUCGCGUUGAUGGUCGCGGUCCAAGCCCACGUCAAAGUACCUUUUGCUCUAUCUCAUUUAACUGAGGGCAAUGUCGAAUCAAACCCGUCACCAUCGUUCCCCAUAGCUUUCACAAUGACAUCUGCUCCUGCGAGCACAGCAGCCUUUUCACCUCCCCCCAAUGAAGAGAGGAACCAUUAA